UGACUGGCAACGUCAUCUUCUUCAGCCUCGUCCCUGGGUACUUAUUCUUGGGUAGCAGCAGUACAACGACAGUUCGAAGGAAUCCUAGCUUCUACGAUUGAACGGGUUACCCAACAGACGAAAGCCUGCCUGAUGACCCCACAUCCACCAUUGUAAGACAGGAUGAUGUCCUCGGCGAACGGCGAGGACCCCUUCCUCCAGGUCCAACAAGACGUCCUCUCCCAGCUCCAAUCCACCCGCCCGCUCUUCGCCUCGUACCUGCGCAUCCGCUCCCUCACCACCAACGCGACCUCGCCUGAGCUCGUCUCGGCGCGCUCGGACCUCGAGGCAGCCCUGGGCUCGCUCGCCGAGGACCUCGCCGACCUGGUCGAGUCCGUCAAGGCAGUCGAGAGUGACCCCUCGCAGUAUGGCCUCGACGGCGGCGAGGUGACGCGCCGGAAGCGCCUGGUGCAGGAGGUGGGCGGCGAGAUCGAGGACAUGCGGGACGAGCUGGCGAAGCAGGUCGGCGCAUCAUCCGCCGGGGUCGGUGGGAGGGCAGGAGGAGGGAGGCGCGGGGCCGGAGGAGGCGGGGACGACCUGCCGGACCCCAGCGCGUUCGCCAUCCCUGACGGCGAGGGCGAUGCGGACGAUAGCUACGCCGAGUUCGAGCAGCAGCAGCAGAUGCAUAUGAUGCGUGAGCAGGACCAGCACCUGGAUGGGGUGUUCCAGACGGUUGGGAACCUGCGCCGGCAGGCCGACGACAUGGGUCGCGAGCUGGAGGAGCAACAUGAGAUGCUGGAGACCGCCGAUACUCUGGCCGACCGCGUCGGCGGGAGGCUACAGACUGGUGUUGAGAAGCUGCGAUACGUCAUGCGGAAGAACGAGGACCGGCUGAGCAGCUGCUGUAUAGCGGUUCUCAUCCUUGUCUUGAUAAUCCUUCUCAUACUGCUGUUAGCACUCUGAAAGUUUUGUGGUUUUAAGGACGCGGGGAUAGGGGGUAGUUGAAGAGCGAGCGCAAGUUUCGAAUCAGAGGCACUGUUUGUUUGGCUGUUCAUUAGACGAGCUUCGGGGACACGGCGUUAG